AUCUCUUCUUGCAUUAUCCAAUUUCUAGACUCUACUACACUCUGCUGCUCAAACUCACCGAAAAGGGUUACUAUUAGGGUUACGAUUUGUCCGAUAAUGGCGUUCGCAAACUAUUCAUCAUUUGUUCAUAUCGAAACAUCAUCAAAACAUUCUAUACUAACUUCUUCUUUUGCAAUUUCUCCCAAAUCAUCAUUAUCGACAUCUUCCUUAUUUUCAUCUCAUUCCCGCAACCGUGAAUCACGAAGGCUUUCGAGUUUUCCGGAUAUCCUAAGAAAUUGUCGAACAGUUGCAGUCAAACCACAAGCUUCUGGGGCCAAUUCAGUUGCUGAGGCCUUUUCUGAAUUCAAACACCUUCUUCUUCCAAUAACAGAUAGGAAUCCUUAUCUCUCUGAAGGAACUAGACAGGCUGCAGCAACUACAGCUGCUUUGGCCAAGAAAUAUGGUGCUGACAUAACUGUUGUGGUCAUUGACGAAAAGCUGAAAGAAUCAUUACCUGAGCAUGACACUCAACUUUCAAGCAUCCGUUGGCAUUUGUCUGAAGGGGGAUUCCAAGAAUUCAAGCUUUUAGAGAGACUUGGGGAAGGAAGCAAGCCUACUGCAAUUAUAGGUGAAAUUGCAGAUGAUAUGAAUUUAGAUUUGGUUAUUAUGAGUAUGGAAGCCAUCCAUUCAAAGCAUGUAGAUGCAAACUUGUUAGCUGAGUUCAUUCCUUGCCCUGUUAUUCUUCUGCCAUUGUAACUCUUUUUGUUAUUGUUUAAUGUGGAGUGGGUCUUUUUGUAGCACAUCUUUUAUAUUUCAGUUUGAUUAAUCUUU